AUGAACAAGUGGAUGCCCAUCGCCAAGGAGUAUGACCCUCUUAAAGCUGGCAGCAUCGAUGGCACCGAUGAAGAACCACAUGACCGGGCAGUCUGGAGGGCAAUGCUGGCCCGCUAUGUCCCUAACAAAGGUGUCACGGGAGACCCCCUCCUCACCCUGUUUGUAGCCAGACUCAACCUGCAGACCAAAGAGGAGAAGCUAAAGGAGGUGUUUUCCCGGUAUGGUGAUAUCCGGAGGCUUCGUCUGGUCAGGGACUUGGUCACCGGCUUUUCCAAGGGCUAUGCCUUCAUAGAAUACAAGGACGAACGUUCUCUGUUGAAUGCUUACAGGGAUGCAGACGGCCUAGUCAUUGACCAGCAUGAGAUAUUUGUGGAUUAUGAGCUGGAAAGGACUCUCAAAGGGUGGAUUCCUCGACGGCUUGGAGGAGGGCUUGGUGGGAAAAAGGAAUCUGGGCAGCUGAGAUUUGGGGGACGGGAUCGGCCUUUUCGAAAACCUAUCAACUUGCCAGUUGUUAAGAAUGACAUAUACAGGGAGGGGAAAAGGGAGAGGAGGGAGCGAUCACCCUCCCGUGAACGACACUGGGACUCCAGGCCGAGGGAUCGAGACCACGACCGGGGCAGGGAGAAGCGGUGGCAGGAGAGAGAGUCAGCCCGGACUUGGCCCGAAAAUGACUGGGAGAGAGAAAAGGGUUUUAGAGAUGACAGGCCCAAGGGCAGGGAGAAGAGGGACCGGAGCAAAUGGAGGCUCAGCAGUAAACCAGAAGAUGAAGAGAAAGCCUGA